CGUUGUUGAUAAACAAAAACAGAUACGAAACAGAACUCAUUGAAUUAAGAAAACUUCCAAAAUAUUCCCCUAAACUCUCAUAAAAUGACCAGCCAAGAACGUCAAAUUCUUCGGAAGAAGGAUUUCCCAGACAUGGCUCGAGAAGCACUUCCUAUAAUAGAAAAUCUUAUAAUCAAUCGAAACAAGCAUGAUAUUGCAAUGGACCUAAUAGGUGAAUUCGUUUUCCGAGAGCGAAAAGAGGAUCAGCGUAGCCAACAACAGUAUCAGAAACAUCCGAUCACUCCACGAUUGUCAUCAAUAGAAGAGUUUCAAUUGGUACUCGUCUUGUGUGAUUUUUUCUCCCGCCCUGGUCCGGAUGCUACCAGGAAUGCGGUCUUUUUCUCUCUGUUUGGUGGUUCUAUUGGUCGGUCCAGUGUGCUUAAUAAACUGAUUAGCACGGCAGUUUCAGGAUCGAUAGCCCCGCUUCUAUGUGCAGCUGGAACAUGGAUGCAGCAGCUUGGCUGUACCUCCUUACCAAGCCUGGAGCUGGCCCAGUGCAUAGUCAAAGAUUUUGUCAUCUUCUCAAACAAAUCAUCCGAGCAACUUAAAUCGCUUCCGAUGGUCGCUCCUCGCUUCGCCGCGAACUUUAUGACCGCCGUUACUGAUUUAUAUUUGAACGGGGGCAAGGGACAACUGGUGGCCCCACCGGAUCUUUUGCUAGAUGUAAUAACUGAAUGGGUUUCAGAUAACCCUGCACUAUGCCUCGCUUCCCAGCAACCCAUGGCUCUGCCGUCAGGAGCAAUCGCAAUGCCUGUAGUGACACCAUUGUCCGGAUUGAUCCGGUGGUGUGUACUCUCGUUGCUAAUAACUGAUCAGCAGAAGCUAUACAGCAAACUUCAUCUAGCUGUACUGCAAAGUCUGCUGGAAGCUACUCCACCCAUUACCGCGCCGCCGUGUGCGCUAAAUGCUCAACAUUUGGGACUGAUUAUAAAUUCGCUUCAGACGGAAAUGGACGCACUGAUAAAAGCAGGUAAAUCACUAAACGAAGAUUACAUUCAUAGCUGUCUGGAACGAUUUGCGCAGGCUGUUCAGGUUGGACUUACUUCGCGAUGUAUUUUCGGCAAUAUUCCACAGUUGGUGUGUCGACUUGAGACACUACCAAGUAAAAACAAAUUAUUGCAGAUUGUAAUCAAAGCCAACAAGACGGUGUGAGAAGAAUUAUCAGAUAAAUCAUUGAA